AAAUAUGGGCCCUUAUGACAUUGAAUACAUUAUAUAAAAGCCCAACAUGAGCAUAUUUUGGCACAAGUUUUCUGGGCCCCUAGUGUAUAUCUGCAAGUAUUUACAGCCACAAACCUCCAAGCUUUUCUGCAAUCAUAUGGAAAGCGCACCUUAGGAAAAAUUGGAACAAUUUCAGAUUCCUGAAAACAUAUGCUCCCUAUUCACGCAAAACCCAAGCCAUGGCACCCUUCCAUUGCAGCAAAUACACAAACUUCCUCUCCUCUUCUAUUCAAAACCAGGCUUCUUCCACUUAAAAUUUCUAGCACUUUGAAUGAAAACGAGGAAGCAAACCAAUACAAAGCAGGCAGAAUCAAACGACUGGUGCUUACCAAUGAAGGCAGAACCAAACUCAACACGUUUCCUGACAGGGAAUUCUAUGCUUUUCCGCGCUUCGUGACUCAUGUUGAUGAUGGCUUCAUUGCCAUAUUAACAGAUUUGUAUAGGGAGCGAUUAAGACCUGGCUCGGAGAUCCUUGACAUUAUGAGCUCAUGGGUUAGUCAUCUGCCAAAGGAAGUUGUGUACAAAAGAGUGGUUGGACAUGGCCUUAAUGCUCAGGAGCUUGCCAAGAACCCUAGGCUGGAUUACUUCUUUGUCAAGGAUCUAAACCAGGAUCAAAAACUUGAGAUGGAAGAUGGAAGCUUCGAUGCCGUGCUAUGUACUGUUAGUGUACAGUACCUUCAGCAACCUGAGAAGGUAUUUGCAGAAGUUUUUCGGGUGCUUAGGCCAGGAGGGGUAUUCAUUGUAAGCUUUAGCAAUAGACUAUUCUAUGAGAAAGCCAUCAGUGCCUGGAGAGAUGGAACUGCAUAUAGUCGUGUACAACUGAUCCUGCAGUAUUUCCAGUGCAUCGAAGGAUUUACGCAGCCAGAAGUGAUCCGAAAAUUACCAACUGCUGCUAAUGCUCAAGAUGACAAAUCACCAUUCAGUUGGUUCAUGAGGUGGCUCGGAUUGCUUUCUGGUUCAGACCCUUUUUAUGCCAUCAUAGCUUACAAGAACUUCAAACCUGUAUAUGAAUGUGAUGGAAUUCUUCAUUCAGCUAGAUCUGUGUAACUCAAUUGGUGUAAAUGUAGGCUUUGCUCCUAAUAGAUCAUGUUUUCCAAUUUAAUUCAAAGCAUAUUUUCUUUGACA